UCAUAUUUUUUUUAGCGGCAUAACGUAGCUAGCAAAUUAGCUAUCGAAGGCAGAUAAAAUAUUGUUCAUUAAAGGUUAUACAAGGUUACAGUGUGUGUGUGUACGUCGCCCGGUUUCAGGUCACUGCACCCACCUCCCAAGAUGUCGUACCCCCCUCACCUGAACCGCCUCCCCCAGUUGCCCCCCGGGAUUUGCCCUCCCCAAUUCGCGGGGUUCCCCCAGGGAGUCCCAGCAGGUACGCCCAUGAUUCCAGUCCACAUGGGGAUUAUGACCUCUGCACCCGCUGUCAUGGUUCCUACCACAGUGUCUAUGGUCCAGAUGCCUCCUGGCCCUAGGAAGGAUCUGAACCCAGUCCGAGUCAAGGAGAACCAGGAGGGGGGCAGUGGAGACCCCACCACCACAGUGUUUGUCGGGAACAUCUCAGAGAAGGCUUCAGACAUGCUGGUCAGACAGCUGUUAGCGAAAUGUGGCCUGGUCCUGAGCUGGAAGAGGGUCCAAGGGGCUUCUGGGAAACUGCAAGGUAAAAACAAAACAGCAUUUGGUUUCUGUGAGUACAAGGAGCCAGAGUCCACCCUGCGUUCCCUUCGUCUGCUACAUGAGCUGUUGCUGGGAGACAAGAAGCUGCUGGUCAAGGUGGAUGCUAAGACCAAGGCCCAGCUUGAAGAAUGGAAGGCUAGGAAGAGGAACGCCAACGGGGGAGCCAAGUCUGAGGACGGGCCCAAGGAAGAAGAGGAUGAGGAAGAGGUUCUUGACGAAGACACAAAGCGUCGUGACCAGAUAGUGAAAGGGGCGAUCGAGGGGUUGAUCCGGGAGUACGGCAGUGAGCUCAACGCACCUUCUCAGGACGGAGACAACCAGCCCCGCAAGAAGAAGAGAGAGAAGAAAGAGGAGGAGGACAUCAAUGUGAUGGAUAUGGAAGAUGACAAAAGAGACCUGAUAUCCAGGGAGAUCAGUAAAUUCAGAGACACUCACAAGAAACUGGAGGAGGAGAAGGGAAAGAAAGAGCAGGAACGGCAAGAGAUCGAUAAGGACAGGAGGGAGAGGGACAAAGAGAGGGAGCGAGAGAGGGAGCGCCGGGACCGCGAGAGGGAGAAGGAGAGAGAGAAGGAGAAGGAACGAAACGACAACAACAACAAGGAGAGAGAGCGGGACAGAGACCGGGAUCGAGAACGGAUCGAUCGGGACCGCGAACGGACGAGGGAGAGGGAGAGGGGAGACAGAGGAGAGAGGGAGCGCGUGAAGGAGAGGAGUCGAGAAGUCAGCAUAGACCGCAGUAGAUCCAGAGAACGGAGCCGCGACGAGAAGAAACACGACCGCGAGGAGGAUCAGGAGGAGGCGUACGAACGCAGGAAACUGGAGAGGAAGAUGAGGGACAAGGAGACUGCCUACCAGGAACGUCUGAAGAACUGGGAGAUGAGAGAGAGGAAGAAGACUCGGGACUACGACAAAGAGAACCAACGAGAGGACGAGAGACGGCGUGAGAUGACAAAAGAAGGCAAGCGUCUGAAAGAGUUCCUGGAAGAUUAUGACGAUGACAAAGACGACCUGAAAUACUACAGGGGUAGUGCUUUACAGAAGCGUCUGAGAGACCGUGAGAAGGAGACGGAGCUGGAUGAGAGAGACAGGAAGAGGGAGAAGGAGGAGCAUGAUCAGAUCAGACAGAGACUGUUAGCUGAGGGACACCCAGACCCUGAGGCCGAGCUGCAGAGGAUGGAGGAGGAGGCAGAGCGGAGGCGGCAGCCCCCAGUGAAGCCAGAGGAGGAGGUGCAGCAGGAGAAACCAAACAGAGAGAGGGAGCACCGGGAGAGGGAGCACCGGGAGAGGGAGCACCGGGAGAGGGAGCACCGGGAGAGGGAGCACCGGGAGAGGGACCACCACAGGGACAGGAGAGGAGCAGACAGGCCUCCUCUCCAGCACCUUCAACCCCAAUCAGACGAUGACUUGGAGGAAGGGGAGGAGCUUGAUGAUUGUGACCGGGAGGACUCAUCAGAUGCCAGGCCAAACCCAAACCUGAAGCCCACGAUGCGGCCAAUAACAUCGGCCCCUUCGGUGUCGUCGGGCAGCGGCGGCGCCACGCCCAACUCCCCCGGCAACGAGUCUCCCUGCGGCAUAAUCAUCCCUCAUGAAAAUUCUCCUGAAGCCCGGCCCACUGAAGAACAGCAUCCCAAGAUUGGCCUCAGCCUCAAACUGGGCGCCAGCCCCAACCAUCAGAUCCACACCGGGAGUAAACGUAAGAAGCUGGCCAACGUCGACAGCGUCUUCAACAAGUUCGGCGAGGAGGAGGCGGACGAGGCGCCUCGUAAACGUAAGCUGGUUCCGUUGGACUACGGCGAGGAUGAUAAGAGCUUGGGUCUGGACGGGGCAGAGGUACCUGGAGGGAAGGGAGGACAAAACACAGAGGAGAAACGAAAACACAUCAGGAGUCUCAUUGAGAAGAUCCCUACGGCCAGACCGGAUCUGUUCAACUACCCUCUGGACUGGACUGCUGUGGACUCGACUCUGAUGGAGCGCCGCAUCAGGCCCUGGGUCAACAAGAAGAUUAUAGAGUACAUCGGAGAGGAGGAAGCUACGCUAGUGGACUUUGUCUGUUCGAAGGUGAUGUCUCACGGCACACCGCAGGGAAUCUUGGAUGAUGUUGCCAUGGUUCUGGACGAGGAGGCAGAGGUGUUCAUAGUUAAAAUGUGGAGGUUGUUGAUCUACGAAACGGAGGCCAAGAAGAUUGGUCUGGGGAAAUGAAGACUAGUACUACUUUCUAGUACUACUACAGUACUACUUUCUAGUACUACUACAGUAUCACUGUUGUGAGGGACAGUUUUUUUUUUUCUUUUUUUUUUUUUCUCCGGCUUCAAGUCUCUUUUAUUUCUCUUGACUGAUCACACGGACACCUCUCACUCACUAGGGUGUUGAGACUAUGAGCAUGGGCCUAUUACCAGUCCCCAACCCCCCCCAAAAGAUCUCUUUUAAAUGAGACUGAGUCAUUAUAAACUUCCCUGAGUCAAUACAUGUUAGAAGCACCUUUUCGCGGUGAUAUACAGCUAUGUCUUUCUGGGUAAGUCUCUUAAUAAGAGCUUUUCACACCUCGAUUGUACAAUAUUUUGCCGUUUAUUCUUUCUUUUUUUUUAAUCUUCAAACUCUGUCAAGUUGAUUGUUGAUCGUUGCUAGACAACCAUUUUCAAGUCUUGCCAUAGAUGUUCAAGCCAAUUUUAAGUCAAAACUGUAACUAGGCCACUCAGGAACAUUCAAUGUCGUCUUGGUGUAAGCAACUCCAGUGUAGAUUUGGCCUUGUGUUUUUGGUUAUUGUCUUUGCUGAAAGGUGAAUUUGUUUCCCAGUGUCUGUUGGAAAGCAGACUGAACCAGGAUUUCCUCUAGGAUUUUGUCUGUGCUUAGCUCUAGUCCGCUUCUUUUUAUCCUCCCACAUUGAGUACCACUCUUCAUAUUCUCAAGCAUGGCAGUGCCUGCAUCAUGUUAUUGGUAUGCUUGUCAUUGGCAAGGCUGUGUUGGAUUUGCCCCAAGCAUAACACUUUGUAGUCAGGACAAAAAAGUAAAAAUUUUUGCAGUCUUACUUAAGUGCCUUGUUGCAAACAGGAUGCAUGUAAAGGAAUAUUUUUAAUCUGUACAGGCUUCCUUCUUUUCACUCUGUCAUUUAGGUUAGUAUUGUGGAAUAACUACAAUGUUGUUGAUCCAUCCUCAGUUCUCUCCUAUAACAGCCAUUAAACUCUGUAAACUGUUUUAAAGUCACCAUUGACCUCCAUGGUGAAAUUCCCUGAGUGGUUUCCUUCCUCUCCGGCAACUGAGUUAAGAAGGACGCCUGUAUCUUUGUAGUGACUGGGUGUAUUGAUACACCAUCCAAAGUGUAAUUAAUAACUUCACCAUGCUCAAAGGGAUCUUCAAUGUCUGCUGUUUUUAUUUUCUACACAUCUACCCAUCGGUUGAAAAACCUCCCUUUGUGGUUAAAUCUUUGCUUGUAAUUCACUACUCGAUUGAGGGACCUUACAGAUAAUUGUGUGUGUGUGGGGGGGGUACAGAGUUGAGGUAGCCAUUUAAAAAAAAAAAAAAAAUGUAAACAAUUUUAUUGAACACGGAAUUAGUCCAUGCAAAUUAUUAUGCGUUUUUUUUGUACUUAUUUAGGCUUGCCAUAACAAAGAGGUUGAAGACGUGUUGAUUCAAGACAACUUUAAAUUCAUUAAUAAAAAACAAAACAAUUUU